AUGGAGAUCAUCAAGCUGCGUGACCAGACAGGCAAGACUAAGAUUAUCUUAUGUUACAUUGCCAUCGCCGCUCCGGCGGUCUUGGCUUACAUAUCGACAGGUGUCAAGCCUGACAUGGUAUUUGGAGACGACGCCGACCGCUUCGACAUUGCGUCCGUAAUGCAGGACCAAAAUAGAAACAUGGAAAACGACGCGCGUAAAUCUAACACCCACCAUUCCGUCGUGAAUGCCUUAAAGAAUAUCCUUUACGCUUCGAGAAAGAGCAAUCCUGCCGCAUCAGUAGGAAAAGCUCGUAAAUCCAACACGGACUUCGCCUAUCACGACACCAUGGUGCAGAAUAACAAAAAUGAGGAUGAUUUCGAAGAAAAUCUUCAAAAGCUAGUAAAGAAUUCACAAUUUAAUAGAAGAUUACAAGCCACGGUACGCAGUCUACACGACGGAAAUGACUUCGCGAGGAGAUACAACAAGCCUGAUCUUGAAAGCGAAAUUCUGAUGCAUUACGCGGUACCCAUCACGAUGGAGAUAGUCGGACAUUUACAGAUACCCGAGGAAUUAAAGGAAUAA